CUCUCUGUCCACUUUCACACAUGCCAGCAUAUGAGAAACAGAGAGUGCGGGACGGGCAGAAGGGCAAUUUAUUCGCAGCAACACCAAGAGUCCUCCUUACGUCGCAAUGACCGCCUUACAUAUCGGCUAUCCGUGCGACAAGCUCCCCUUCGCAGACGACACAGACCCGUACCUCGACAAAAUUGGUGGUCGUCCCGUCUGGUUCACCCCGCACCGCCCCCCACCUGCAACAUGGUCCACCUGCACCUCCUGCACCGCGCCCCUCUUCCUCAUCGCGCAACUCCUCGCCCAACGCGCCGAAUUCGAUAAACCCGAUCGCGUGCUGUAUAUCUUUGGAUGCAAUCGGAGGAUGUGUGGGGCUAGGGAGGGGAGCUGGAGGUGUGUUAAGGCUGUUAAGAGGAGGAGGGAACGGGUUAGACGGGAGGCUGCGGAGGUGGGGUUGGCGACACCGAAGAAGGAGAAGGCGAACGUGUUUCCGGAUACACCGACGACGACGAUGACGGGGAACGGAAAGAACGGGUUCCAAACACCUGUGACGACUGCUGCUACCGUGGCCACACCGCCGUCCUUUUUGCCGACACCAGCCACGUUCUCAUUUGGAGAUACGUUCACGGGCCCGACGCCCACCAAAACGCCUAUGCUGUUUGGAAGUGAGUCACCUGCGCCGGCGUCGCCCUCGCCCGCUCCAUCGCCGUUUGGAUUUGCUGCUGGAUCACCGGCACCGUCGCCUGCGAGCGACUUGCAGAGUCUGUUGGAGUUGCGGGAUCGGAAGUAUGGUUGGGGCGAUGAUGAGGACGAGGAUGGGGCCGCUGAGAAACAGAAGAAGCCGAAGAAGAAGAAAACGAAGAAGAAACCUAAAAACGGAGAGGGCGUUGUCGAUCGUGGGGAUACGCUAGUAGACGGAGAAAACGAUGCCACUGCAGCCCUGCCAGAGCCCAACACGGAAUUAACGACGGACCCCGCCAUCGAAGCACUAACGGCUUCCCUGGAAACAAAUCUCACACUCUCCACCCCAACCUUAACCUGGUCGUCAUCCCCAACCUUCCCAGCCUACCCCCUCGAAUUCGUCCCCGAGCCCUCUGACACACCCUCCGAAGACACCUACGCCCACGAACUGGCUCUCCUCGCCGAAUACCAACGCACCGAAACCACUUUGGACACCACCGGCCCCACCACCUCGAAUUCAGCGGAGGACGCAACAUGGACAGGCGAAACGUACGAAAAAACCGCCCCAAAACACUACACCAAAUCAUUCAAACGGUUCGCGAAAUGCGUUGAAGCGGAUCCAGAGCAGUGUGUGCGUUACGGGGUGGGCGGGGAGGUUGUGCAUUAUCGGGAGAGUCGCGACGAUAAAGGACGGGGCAAAUGCACACGGUGUGGAGGCGACCGGGUGUUUGAGUGCCAGUUGAUGCCGAUGGUGUUGGGGUUGUUGCCGACGGAGGAGUGUGUGCCGAGGGCUGUGAAACGUGCGAAGGACCCGACAACACCACAUCAGCAAUUACCAUCAUCAGCGGCGCAACAAUCGUCCAACAGCCUUCCGUCCCAACCACCCUCCCCGCACAAAUCACAACGGGAACCGAAAAACACACUAUCAACUUUCCUGGACCGGCACGCCGCCGGUAUGGAUUUCGGGACGGUUAUUGUAUAUACCUGUGCGGUUGAUUGUGAGGGUCGGGAUGAGCAGCAGGAGGAUGGUCAGGAGGACGAUGCGUGGGGUGUGACGUAUUCGGAGGAACGGGUUGUCGUCGAGAUGGAAAGUUUGGUGUAGACUAUGUAGCGCUUCACAUAAAAAAUUCUUCCCUUUUGUGGGAUGUUGUAUACCCCCUUCGACCCCAACGUAAAUAUGAUACUGUAAAACGCAGAAAGUUAAACUCAGAAAUCAAACUUAUGGGCGAAU